GCCGGGUGCAGCCGCCGCCGCUCGCCCGCAUCCCCUCGGCCCGGCCCGGGGGCAAGGUCAGCAGCGGUCUGGAGCCGCCGUGUCACUCCCCGACAGCUAUGAACUGCAGCGAGAGCCAGCGGCUGCGGACCCUGCUGAGCCGCCUGCUGCUGGAGCUGCACCACCGGGGCAACGCCAGCGGCCUGGGCGCCGGCCCCGGCCCGAGCAUGGGCAUGGGGGUCGUGCCCGACCCCUUCGUGGGCCGCGAGGUGACCAGCGCCAAGGGCAACGACGCCUAUCUCUACAUCCUGCUCAUCAUGAUCUUCUACGCCUGCCUGGCCGGAGGCCUCAUCCUGGCCUACACCCGCUCCCGCAAGCUCGUCGAGGCCAAGGACGAGCCGUCCCAGGCUUGCGCCCAGCACGAGUGGCUCCCGGGCGGUGCCCCGGCCGCCGCAGACGCUGAGACAGCCGCCGGAUCGCCCGCCGAGGACCGCCGCCAGCUCGCCCCCGCCGGGCUGCCCGCCCCGGCCCUCGCCCGGGGCGCCGAGGGGGUCUAGAACCGCCGCCCCAGCUCGCUGGCUCGCCCGCGCCCUCCUCAGCUCGCUCAUCCCUGGGCGCGGCACCCGCCUGCCUUGCCGCCUUUUCCUCUCCUCCCCUUCCAGGGCUCUCCUCACCUGAGGCCCGGACAACGUUGAGAGGCCAGGAGACCUUGUCUGGAAGGCCCUGGAAGAAGCACCACCCUACCCCCUCCGGGCCAGCCUCUCCCUCCUCUCCCCCCGCCUCCCCCAGACCCCGCACAACCCACUGCACUAAACUGCCUCUGCUCUCUUGUCUUCAGACGGCCCUGACAGCACGCUCCAGCCCUCUGGGAACUGAAUCCAACACGUCCAACACUUGGCAUUGAACUGAAGCAAUGAAGUCUAUCCGAACUCUGGGCCGUCUAACUGGCAGCUGUUCCGGGGGCUGCCAGGGACUGCUCACUCUGCAGAGCCAACGGGCUUGCCAUCACUGCCAGGCCGGCUGGGGCAGCUCCAGCUUCCUGUUGCCUUAGGGACAGAGACAAAGAAAAUGAAGAGAACUCAGACAUCUUUUCCCUCCCUCCCUCCUCCUUCAGCAGGGAGCUAGCAGGACACUAGGACCAGUCUGUGGCAUAGAAUGGACUUAAUGGGACUGGAGGGGGAUGGGGGGCUCAGAGGGUGGGGAAGACCUAUUACCCCCAACUGUAUGGUUUUCUUGCAUCCAGUUGUCGUCCUGAAGGUAACUUGCCUAAUUUUGAGUAGCUCUGCCAUCUUUUGCCAUGGGGAACCAUUGCUGGGCGUAUCACCCUAAUACUUCCCAAUGCCUCUCCUAUAUCGAUUCAGUUGUCAUGGCAGCUGUCUGCUUCAUCCAUGGAACAUGAGGCUCAGUCGUCUCCUGCUCUGUAACCUGGGGAAUGUCAGAGGCAGGUAAUAA